UUUUUAUUCGACUCCACUUGAGUGGAUGGACUUAUAAUGCCAGGGUUUCUUUUAGUUUUUUUAAACCGUGGGGGGCAGUUGGGAGUUGUACACCCUUCAAGGUUAAAGGGAAGUGGGGAGUUCAUCGAAGACGAAGAAGAAGAAGAUGGCGUCUUCGAAAGGAGGAGGAGGUGUGUUGAGAGUAGCGGAUAUGGAGAAGCUGAGCAUAGAGCAAUUGAAAGCUUUAAAAGAACAAACAGAUCUUGAAGUUAAUCUAUUACAAGACAGUCUUAACAAUAUCAGAACUGCCACUUCUCGUCUCGAGAUCGCUUCCACUUCUCUCCACGAUCUUUCUGUUCGUCCUCAAGGAAGUAAAAUGUUGGUGCCUCUUACUGCAUCGCUUUAUGUUCCUGGUGAACUCGAUGAUGCUGAUAAAGUCCUCGUUGAUAUUGGCACUGGUUACUUUGUUGAGAAAACCAUGGCUGAAGGCAAAGAUUAUUGUGAGCGUAAAGUAAACUUGCUGAAAUCUAAUUUUGACCAGCUUAUUGAGGUUGCAACAAAAAAGAAAAGUAUUGCAGAUGAUGCUACAGUAGUCUUACAGGUGAAACUAAAGCAAUUAGCCUCGACAAGUUCUUGAUUGCUUUAAGAUUUUACUAAAUUAUUGUUGCAGUAUCUUCAGUAAAAGAUGUUUGGUUAAUAUGGGUGCCUGACAUUUAACUUUCAAUCUUCGUCUGUAGUUAAGAGGAUUCAAAUAGGUUCCUUGUGAGUUUCUAUGUUUAUUAAUGCGUGUUUAUUACAUUCUUCCCUUUCUUUC